AUGGAUUACUCGACGUACUAUUAUGAACUUGCAGGCUUCUCCACUCAUCGGUCUUAUCAGUUGAGUUGUGGUGCACAGGCAUUGUCGAUCAGUGGUGUUAUUGUUUCUUGGUUCAUCUUCGACAAGUUCGGUCGUAGACCCCUUAUUAUUUAUGGUAUGACUUGCUUGACGAUCUUGAAUCUUAUUGUUGCAGCUGCCGGUACCGAUACUGGUAAUAUGACCUCGAUGACGGUUGCUUGUGCCUUUAUGGUCAUGUACAACUUUUUCUACAAUGUUUCCAUUGGACCAUUGGCUUAUAUUUUUGCAGCAGAGGUUUCGUCAGUGAGUUUAAGGGCAAAGACUGUGGCCGUCGGUACUAUAAUCAAUUAUGCCUUCCAGUGCAUGUGGAACUUUGUUUUGCCUUACAUGUUCAACCCUGAUCAAGCAAAUAUGGGUUCGAAGAUUAACUUCAUUUUCACAGGUUUCUCCCUUAUGUCCAUCUUCGUCUUCUACUUUUACCAACCAGAAACUGCUGGUAGAUCAUUUGAAGAUAUUGACGAGAUGUUUGCAGCUAAGAUUCCUGCUAGAAAGUGGAAGAACUACGAGACUGAAGCAAUGACGAUGAACAAAAAAGCGUACGACGAUAUGAAAGGUGUUAACGUCGAACAUGCUGAAAACACUGAAGAUGUUGUUUAG